AUGUUUGCAGGAGGCGGAGCGGAUUCCGAGUCGGUGUUUUCGACGGACAGCCGGGCCGCCCGGCUGCACCGCUCCAAGUCGGCCGUCCAGCCAUCCACCCGCCCCCACCCGCAUUUCCAGGCCAGCAACCCGUUCCUCGACCCCGUCGAGGCCGCCGCCCGGGUCAGCUUGAUUGAGGAGGAGUUCGGCUGGUCCGGCAGCGUCGGCGGGAUCCGCGGCCGCGACGACCGACAGAUCGAGCGCGACGUCGAGUACGAACGCAAGAUGGCCGAACGGACCCGGAAGCGACACGAGCGCAAGCUGGCCCGCCAGCAGGCGCUCAACCCCCCGUCGACGCCCACUGGAGGAGGCGAGCGGAGCCCGGGGCCGAAGCGGCCGGUGUUUGCGCCGACGGAGGGCGACAUGCGGCGGGUGGACGAGCUGACGACCGGGGCGGCGGACACCAAGCCCUCGGGCGGCCUGUCGCCGCCGGCGGCCAAGCUGAACCGCGGAAAGAGUCUCCGGGACAAGGUCGAGGCCGCGCUCGGCCGCUGGAACUCCCUCGCCCCCGCCGCCGCCGCCAGCAAGAAGAACGCCCGCUCCCAGUCCGUCUCCGCCAUCGACCAUCCCAAGCCCUUCCCCAGCCCCCACCACCACCAUCACUACGAGCCCCCGAUGGUCGAGCGCAAGGAAGGCUUCGGCGCCCUCGCCCGGAGGAUCUCCAAGAAGCUGACGAUCGAGGACCAGGAGCGGCGUCGGCGAGAACGGCUGGAGCUAGCCUACGCUGAGCCUCCAGUCUUGUCCCACACCCUCCUCAAGUACGGCGAGGCGCACACCGACUACUCGCUCAACCCCUUCCGCCGCCGCCAGACCACCUCUCAUCCCCGCGCCCUCCCCGCCGACCCCCCUCAGGACCCCAAGCCCCGCUAG